AUGGAUGAAAUUCAAGAAGAGCUAUCAAAAGAAUUAGAUUUAUAUAGGGAUACUUCAGUUAGAUAUCUAGGUUACGCGAAUGAAGUAGGAGAAGCAUUCAGAUCAAUAAUCGGUAGCAAAUGGGUAAACUUUUCAUACGCCGUAGCCACUUUGUACGUUUUGGCUGAUACAACCGAUAAAAGUAUAGCAGUUUAUAAGACUGCGAUAAAUGAAAAAAACCAUACCAAAAAAGUGGUUUACACAACUGCAGAUACUCUCAUUUGGCAGUUAAUGGCUUCUGUGGCAAUUCCUGGAUUCACAAUAAAUAGGGUUUGUGCAUUAUCCAAUUAUUUUUUGAAAAAAAGUGAGAAAAUUCCUUCCUAUAACAGAAAAUGGUUGGUCACGGGUAUCGGAUUGUUCACUAUACCAUUUAUAAUCAAACCUAUUGAUAAGUUUGUAGACUUGGCGAUGGAUAAAAGUCUUAGAAAAUAUCAACCUGAAUAA